GGAAUGUUUAAACCAUGCCUCGGCCUUUUUGCCGCAUGCUGUGAACGAGGGUAGACAUACUGUCCAUUUAAUUUCCUAAAAUUUGGAAUUUCCAAACUAAUUUUUCGAAAUUUUGAAUUUAUGGCCCAGUGCGGAAUACUUGUGGACAGUUUGACACAGUUCACUGCUGAUUUGGUUAAAUUUGCUGCGGCCGAGACCAGAUAUCACGAAUUUCUGAGUGGAGUAUUGCCUUCCGAAGACGACGCCAUGAUUCGUGAAGAAAACCUCCGUUUGAAACAACAACUCGAAGUGCUCCAGGCACAGGUCAACAAGUUGACGGACCGUGUCAGCCGACUCGAGACCCGAUUGACGGACGGGACCUCUGGAGGUGGUGGUGGCGACUCGGCCAAGAAACCAUCCGCCCCUGCUCCCAAGGACGGCGAGGAUGAUGUCGACCUCUUCGGCUCUGACGAGGAGGAGGAUGAGGAGGCAGCAAAAAUCAAGGAAUCACGUCUUGCCGAGUAUGCUGCUAAGAAAUCCGCGAAGCCAGGUGUUAUUGCCAAGUCCAAUGUUAUUCUGGAUGUAAAGCCGUGGGAUGAUGAGACUGACAUGAAGGAGUUGGAGAAAGCUGUACGCACGAUCGUGAUGGAUGGACUCCUCUGGGGUGUCUCAAAGCUUGUCCCUGUUGGGUAUGGAAUCAUGAAACUCCAAAUCGCCACCGUUGUCGAAGAUGAGAAAGUCUCUAUCGACGACUUGGUCGAAAAAAUCCAAGAAUUCGAAGAUUUCGUUCAAAGUGUGGACAUUGCUGCUUUUAAUAAAAUCUAAACCGGAAAUGGAUGCCAUCUGACGCAUAAUUUCUGUCAAAUUAAUUCCAAAAAAUAUACGCCUGCCACUACUUUGAUACUAAUUUUCGCAUUUGUUGGGUUUUCAAAUUUUCUAAUAUGUUAUUGUUGUUUGUUAUAUCCGGCGAGCUGAACAUUUAUUAAAGAUAUUCAUUGGACACUA